AUUUUGAAAGUCAUUAAGCGGAUGUCAGAAUCCGUCGGAGCUUGUUCAGAUUGUCUUCCUCCGCUUCACUUCACUCCCAUUCACAGGAGACGGCCCCAGCCAGCAAAAGCAGAAAACGCACACAAUGGCGGAGCAGGAGCCCACACCAGAGGUUUUGGCACAGAUCGCAGCAGCCAAUGCUGAGGAGUCUCCAGACUCCGUCAACUACAAACCACCUGCCCAGAAGUCCUUGCAAGAGAUCCAGGAGCUGGACAAGGAUGACGAGAGCCUGAGGAAGUACAAGGAGGCGCUUUUGGGAAAUGCUGGAUCGGUUGCAGAUCCCAGCGUCCCAAAUGUGCAGGUGACACGGAUGACUCUGCUAUGUGAACAAGCUCCUGCUCCACUGAUUUUAGACCUGCAGGGAGACCUCGAGAACUUUAGGAAGAAUCCGUUCACGCUGAAGGAGGGAGUUGAAUACAGAGUAAAGAUCAACUUCAAGGUGAACAAGGAUAUCGUCUCAGGCCUCAAGUACACUCAGCAAACAUUCAGGAAAGGAGUUAGAGUUGAUAAGACGGACUACAUGGUCGGCAGCUACGGCCCAAGACCGAACGAGGAGUACGAGUACCUCACAGCCAUGGAGGAGUCGCCUAAAGGGAUGCUGGCCCGCGGCACCUACAACAUCAAGUCCAAGUUCACCGACGACGACAAGAACGACCACCUCUCCUGGGAGUGGAGCCUCGUGAUCAAGAAAGAAUGGAAGGACUGAUGAUUUCUGUUUGGUUUAUUUCCCCACUUCUCCAUCAGGUCUUUCCUUUCCUUGGAUCAAACCAUCUUCUUUUUUUUCUUUUUUUUUUGGCUUCCUGCUCUGUCCGUCCAUCAGCUCCUCGCCCUCGUGGUCUUUCCUCUUCAACCUGUGCAUCUUUAUUUUUUUUCUCCUUUUACCUCUUCUGUCUGAUAAGUAUUACAUCCUAAAAAUCUGGAUUUUUUUUUGUUAUGCUUCAUAAAAGCAAUCCGACCUUGCUGUAUCCUAAACCACAGUUUUUUUGUCCACCUUGUUUUGUAUAAUUACCAUAAUCUGCCUUGGAUACUACGGUGGCUGUGUGGUCUUUGUUCAAUCACUGCUGGAUCCAACUCUUCGAGCCAGCCUCGCUGAAGCCUUUGAGCAGAUUACGUGGAUUUAGGUCUUGUUAAAUUAUUUGGGAUUCAGGCCAGAUCUUUUUCCCGAAUAGUCGAGUGCCAGACAGAACUCUGCAAGAGAACCAGGGUCUUUUCUCCUACUCCUCACUUUAGGUGCAGCUGCAUCCUCAUGGCCUUAAGAGUUAGGACUUAGAUGAGCCGUUUGCCUUCAGAUUAAAAACAUUCCACGAGUCUGUUUCCACCAUUCGCAGCACGUGGACAGGGAAUCAGGACGCCAGCCUUUAUUUCAGGUGUUAGAUACCAUCUCCGGCAUCAUGGCGUUGUCUCUCACUUCCUGGUCCUCUCUUUUCCUCGUGAAUGAUUCCUUCUGACCAUGCCUCUUUAAUUUCAGAAAAUCAUGGUCUGUUAUGUACUUUUUAUAAGAAACCUCAACCAGAUGCAGAUCAAUAACACAUGCUGCCACAUGAAAGUGUUGUCUUGUUUUUAUACACUCCAGAAGCCUGAAUGGGAGCCGCUUGACCUUCCUUAGUGCUCGAUGGUUAUUUUGUCUUGGUGGGUUUGAUUUGUAUCACCAACAUAUCACUCACAAUAAAAGUGUUCAGACUGG